ACAUGGGGUCGCAGUGCGCCCAAAAAUAACAGCGCGCACCUCCGCGUGUAGUAAGCAAGUGCCUUCCCCAGAGGGGAGGGUGAUGGCUUCCGAGUCCCAAAUUGCGUGCAUACAUCUUGAUGUGUGUGUUUGAAUGGAAACGAGCAUAAAAAAAAAAAACACACACACACACACAAGCCGCCUCUUUUCGCAUUGCGCGUCAUUCAAACAGGACUUGAGUGUACUUGCUGGGUUGCACUAGUGAGCCGAAUAACCGCGGAGAUACCGGACCACAGCGGAGGAAUAUUGCGACUUUCAAAAAAAAAAAAAAAAAAGAACUUUAUUUACCCUCCUUUUUGUUUCUUUUCGUUAUGGUCAAGCGUGAAGAUUUUUUCGUCACCUGUCCUUUUCUUCACUUCGCCGCGAGGGAAAUAAACCUUGUGUUUGUUUUAUAGAUUGCUGCAGCCGUGGGACACCUCCACCCCCCCACCCCCACCCCUGCACCCCUCUUGACGGACAACAGCGCCCGGGCACACCUUUUUAAGGGCUGAAAUAUGCUCUCAGCGCCACGAUAGAAACAAGCUGAGAAGACACAAGUCCAAAGUGGUUUUAAAUGAUGAUGAUGCAGGAGUCGGCCGCAGAGACAAUAAGCAACAGUUCAAUGAGUCAAAAUGGAAUGAGCGCCCUAAGCAGCAGCCAAUUAGAGGCUGGCGGUAGAGACGGGAGAUCAAGCGCUGGUGGCGGUGACACGAGCGGCGAAGUAAGCACAGUCGAGCUGCUGCAUCUGCAACAACAGCAGGCUCUACAAGCAGCGAGGCAAAUACUCCUGCAGCAGUCAGGCAGUGGCCUGAAAUCUCCAAAGAGUCAGGACAAGCAUCGUCCACUGCAGGUUCCGGUCUCGGUGGCCAUGAUGAGUCCCCAGGUGAUCACGCCGCAGCAGAUGCAGCAGAUCCUCCAGCAGCAGGUCCUCUCCCCCCAGCAGCUCCAGGCCCUCCUCCAGCAGCAGCAGGCCGUCAUGCUGCAGCAGCAACACCUGCAGGAGUUCUACAAGAAGCAGCAGGAGCAGCUUCAUCUUCAGCUCCUCCAGCAGCAACACCCUGGCAAGCAAGCUAAAGAGCAACAGCAGCAGCAGCAGCAACUGGCCGCCCAGCAGCUCGUCUUCCAGCAGCAGCUCCUGCAAAUGCAGCAGCUCCAGCAGCAGCAGCACCUGCUCAACAUGCAGCGGCAGGGCCUGCUCUCCCUGCCCGGGCCCGCCCCCGGCCAGGCUGCCCUGCCCGGACAGACACUGCCCCCCUCAGCUGGCCUGAGCCCCGCAGAGCUCCAGCAGUUAUGGAAGGACGUGACCGGGGUCGGAGGCGGAGGCGGCGGAGGUGGUGGCGGUGGUGGCGGCGGCGGCGGCCACGCCAUGGAGGACAACGGCAUCAAGCACGGCGUCAGCAGCGGCAACGCGGGCAGCGGCGGCCUCGACCUAUCCACCACCAACAACAGCAACCACAACAACAGCAACAACAACUCCAUGACGACUACCUCCUCCUCCUGCAACCCUGCCAAAGCGUCGCCGCCCAUCUCGCACCACUCCAUCGUCAACGGACAGUCGCCCAUGCUCAACCACAGACGAGAGCGCGAGCGGGAAAGAGAGCGGGAAAGUUCCCAACACGAGGAGAACGGAGGCUCCCAUCCUUUGUACGGUCACGGCGUGUGCAAGUGGCCCGGCUGCGAGAGUAUCUGCGACGACUUCGGACAGUUUUUGAAGCACCUCAACAACGAGCACGCCCUGGAUGACCGCAGCACAGCCCAGUGUCGGGUCCAGAUGCAGGUGGUCCAGCAGCUGGAAAUCCAACUUUCCAAAGAGCGCGAGCGUCUCCAGGCCAUGAUGGCCCACUUGCACAUGCGGCCCUCCGAACCCAAGUCAUCUCCCAAACCACUCAACUUGGUGUCCAGCGUCACCAUCAAGAACCUGCCCUACGCGUCCCCGCCUAACUUACCGCAAACGCCCACCACCCCGACGGCGCCCGUCACCCCCAUGGCGGCCAUGCAGGUCCCGUCGGUGCUGGGCGGAGCCAACGUGCCCAGCAUGGGAGCCAUGCGGCGGCGCCACACGGACAAAUACUCCAUGCCGCUGUCGUCGGAGAUCGCCCCAAACUACGAGUUUUAUAAGAACGCGGAUGUCAGACCGCCGUUUACUUAUGCAACCCUCAUAAGACAGGCUAUCAUGGACUCUUCCGACAUGCAGUUAACGCUUAAUGAAAUCUACAGCUGGUUCACGCGCACGUUCGCCUACUUCAGACGCAACGCCGCCACUUGGAAGAACGCCGUGCGCCACAACCUCAGCCUGCACAAGUGCUUUGUGCGCGUGGAGAACGUGAAAGGCGCCGUGUGGACGGUGGACGAGGUGGAGUACCAGAAACGCCGGUCGCAGAAAAUCACAGGAAGCCCCUCACUCGUCAAGAACCUGCCCUCCAGUCUGGGCUACGGCUCAGCACUAAACGCCAGCCUCCAGGCCGCCCUGGCGGAGACCACCCUCCCUCUACUGGGUACCCCCGGCCUCAUGAACAGCGCACACAUGGGCGGCUGCCACGGCCUCCUGGGCGGCGACCCCUCCGGACUGAUGGGCGGCAGUCCGCCGGGGAUGCUCGGCGGCAGCCCGCCGGGGCUCCUGGGCAUCAGCCCCCCCGGCACGCUGAGUGGCAGCCCCCCUACCCUGUUGCAGUCUGUCCACGAUGACCUCAACGGCUCCCUGGACCACCUGGACACCAACGGACACGGCAGCCCAGGGUAUUCCCCACACGGGCACAUGAUGGCCGUGCACGUGAAGGAGGAGCCUCUUCACAUGGACGACGACGACUGCCCCAUGUCACUUGUGACGACGGCCAAUCACAGUCCAGAGCUGGACGACGACCGGGAGCUGGAGGAAGGGAACUUAUCAGAAGACCUGGAGUGACUUCGUUUGAUUUUGUUUUUUUGCUAUCCCCUUCAGCCCAGACUUGGAAGAAGAAAAAAAAAGCACUCCGACAUCCGCCGACUCUCCUUUUUGUUUCCCCCUCUCUCUGUCCCUCUCACCACUGGGACUAUUUAUUGAGCAUGCAUCCGGAUGGUCGCAAAAAAAAAAAAAACUGAUCCAAGACGGUCGGAUGACAGACUCACCGAUGGACGAGUCGAUGGAUGGAUGGAAGGAUGGAAGGAGGGAGGAAACAAAUGCCGUCAAAACCAAAACAAAAAAAACAACAACAACGAAAGGACCACAUUUUUAGUCACAGUAGUUUUUGAUGUCUAGAGACAAUUGCUGGUUGGAAUCAUCAGUUAUGAAUAUUUUUGUUGCUCAUAUCACCGACUGUAAAUGCCAUCCCCUCAAUCACAGAGUACAACAACAACAACAACAACAACAAAACGGUCCUCCUCCUCACCUCCACCUUCUAGAAGCUUUGUCUCCGUGCUCGCAGUCACAGGCAACAGCUGGAAACCAAAGCCCUCGCUAGCAAAGGCCAAUAAUCCCUAAUGAUUAUUAUUAUUAUUAUUAUUAUUAUUAUUAUUAUUAUUAUUAUGGACAACACCCGACACAAAGACGCCACUUUAACCGAGAAUAAAAACUCCUUCCGCAAAAAAAAAAAAAAAAACUACCUUUUGAAAACCUCUGGGAUGAAGAAGAGGAGCUCGGAGUCCAAGUGGAUCAUAACCAAAACUAAAAUAUUGUUGCAGAAUCAUCGUCUGGCUGUUGUUUGUUUUUUUUGUAGCCUCACUUUUCUGUGGUUUGAGUUGACGAGCUGGUGAAAAUGUGAUGUCACCGACUGAAAACGCCAAACUUGACACCGAUGUCUAGCCAAGCCAAAUAGUACUCAAGCGGGAAUACUACUACUACCAAUAAUAACAACAACAAGACUGCUAACGACGCAAGCCAUGUCAGAAAGGGAACGCUUUUUCUGGUUGAUGUGUGCGCUCCUUUGUUGCCGGGGGCGACCGGCGUCAUCUGGGAAAGGUGGUGUUGUGGCUUUAACGCGCAUUUUGUUUCCGGGGAAACCAAAGUUAUACAAAAUUCUGCCUCCUUAGAAGAAAAUACACGAGAAUUUCUGUAGGAUUUUUGUACUGAAAUUGAUUUGUUUGUCGGCUAGGCCAGACUCUGUGUUACAUGUCGUCCAUCUUUGUGGGGUACUUUGUAACAUGUCGGCCAUCUUUGUGGAGUACUUUGUAACAUGUCGGCCAUCUUUGUGGAGUACUUUAUAACAUGUUAGUGGAGUACUUUAUGACAUGUUAGUGGAGUACUUUGUAACAUGUCGGCCAUCUUUGUGGAGUACUUUAUAACAUGUCGGCCAUCUGUGUGGAGUACUUUUUAACAUGUCGGCCAUCUUUGUGGAGUACUUUGUAACAUGUCGGCCAUCUUUGUGGAGUACUUUGUAACAUGUCGGCCAUCUUUGUGGAGUACUUUGUAACAUGUCGGCCAUCUUUGUGGAGUACUUUGUAACAUGUCGGCCAUCUUUGUGGAGUACUUUAUAACAUGUUAGUGGAGUACUUUGUAACAUGUCGGCCAUCUUUGUGGAGUACUUUGUAACAUGUCGGCCAUCUUUGUGGAGUACUUUGUAACAUGUUAGUGGAGUACUUUAUAACAUGUUAGUGGAGUACUUUAUAUCAUGUUAGUGGAGUACUUUAUAACAUGUUAGUGGAGUACUUUAUAACAUGUUAGUGGAGUACUUUAUAUCAUGUCAGCCAUCUUUGUGGAGUACUUUAUAACAUGUCGGCCAUCUUUGUGGAGUACUUUGUAACAUGUCGGCCAUCUUUGUGGAGUACUUUGUAACAUGUUAGUGGAGUACUUUAUAACAUGUUAGUGGAGUACUUUAUAUAAUGUCGGCCAUCUUUGUGGAGUACUUUACAACAUGUUAGUGGAGUACUUUAUAACAUGUUAGUGGAGUACUUUAUAACAUGUUAGUGGAGUACUUUAUAACAUGUUAGUGGAGUACUUUAUAACAUGUUAGUGGAGUACUUUAUAACAUGUUAGUGGAGUACUUUAUAUCAUGUCAGCCAUCUUUGUGGAGUACUUUAUAACAUGUCGGCCAUCUUUGUGGAGUACUUUGUAACAUGUUAGUGGAGUACUUUAUAUCAUGUCGGCCAUCUUUGUGGAGUACUUUACAACAUGUUUGUGGAGUACUUUGUAACAUGUUUGUGGAGUACUUUAUAACAUGUUAGUGGAGUACUUUAUAACAUGUUAGUGGAGUACUUUAUAACAUGUUAGUGGAGUACUUUAUAACAUGUUAGUGGAGUACUUUAUAACAUGUCGGCCAUCUUUGUGGAGUACUUUACAACAUGUUUGUGGAGUACUUUGUAACAUGUUUGUGGAGUACUUUGUAACAUGUCGGCCAUCUUUGUGGAAUACUUUGUAAUAUGUUUGUGGAGUACUUUAUAACAUGUUCAUGGAGUACUUUUUAACAUGUUAGUGGAGUACUCUAUAACUUUUCGGACGUCUUUGUGGAGUACUUUAUAACAUGUUUUUGGAGUACUUUGUAACAUGUCGGCCAUCUUUGUGGAGUACUUUGUAACAUGUUUUUGGAAUACUUUGUAACAUGUCGGCCAUGUCUGUGGAGUACUUUAUAACAUGUCGGCCAUCUUUGUGGAGUACUUAUAACAUCUUUGUGAAUUACUUUAUAACAUGUCGGUCAUCUUUGUGGAGUACUUUGUAACAUGUUUUUGGAGUACUUUGUAACAUGUCGGCCAUGUCUGUGAAGUACUUUAUAACAUGUCGGCCAUCUUUGUGGAGUACUUUAUAACAUGUCGGACAUCUUUGUGGAGUACUUUCAUAAUAUGUCGGCCAUCUUUGUGGAGUACUUUAUAACAUGUUAGUGGAGUACUUUAUAACACGUCGGACGUCUUUGUGGAGUACUUUUUAACAUGUCGGCCAUGUUUGUGGAGUACUUUGUAACAUGUUUGUGGAGUACUUUGUAACAUGUUUGUGGAGUACUUUAUAACAUGUCAGCCAUCUUUGUGGAGUACUUUAUAACAUGUUUGGGAAGUACUUAAUAACAUGUUUGUGAAUUACUUUAUAACAUGUCGACCAUCUUUGUGGAGUACUUUAUAACAUGUUUGGGAAGUACUUAAUAACAUGUUUGUGAAUUACUUUAUAACAUGUCGACCAUCUUUGUGGAGUACUUUAUAACAUGUUUGGGAAGUACUUAAUAACAUGUUUGUGAAUUACUUUAUAACAUGUCGACCAUCUUUGUGGAGUACUUUAUAACAUGUUUGGGAAGUACUUAAUAACAUGUUUGUGAAUUACUUUAUAACAUGUCGACCAUCUUUGUUGAGUACUUUACAACAUGUCGACAAUCUUUGUGGAGUACGUUAUAACAUGUCGGACAUCAUUGUGGAGUACUUUACAAUAUGUCGACCAUCUUUGUGGAGUACUAAGUAACAUGUUGGCCAUCUUUGUGGAGUACCUACCAUUAUCCUGACAUGAUUAUGGAACAUUUUGUUGGACAUUUUUGUGAAGGCUUUAACAUGUCCGACACAUUCAUGGAAUAAUGUGUCAACCUGUUCACCAAGUUAAAAAGGAGACAUUGCUUUUUUUUUUUUUUUUUGCCUAUCAUUCACAAGAACACGUUUUCCUUUUUUCAAUGCAUUCUAACUCGUAAUUAAAGGCUAGCAAAUGUCAGCUAACAAUGGAACUAAUGUUAGUUUCUCUAUUCCGCCUAUAAAACACUUCAAAAAAAGCACCUUCAUCAAGGUGUUAUAUACACAUUGUAAGUAUAUAUAUGUAUAAUAUAUUAACUGGUCUAUUCAUAAUAUGUAAUAUUUACGUAUUUCGGUUCAUUUGAAGCAUACGGUGGCCUUUUAAUUUCACAGAAUGUUGGCUUUUCAGUUCAACAACACUAAACAUGUAGCAGUAUUGCUAAAUGCUGAACAAGAAAUACAAACUAGGAACAUAAUAAAACAACCGCUUACUCGAACAAUGGAGUCCGCAUGAUGGGAUGUUUACAUACUCCCGUUUAGGGAAAGGUUUAAAAAAAGAGUGUCGCAAACAAAGGUCUUUCUUAAUAUCUAAGUUGGACAUCAAAGUUGACCAAGUUCUCAGUUUAUUUCCACAUUCUUCUACUAUCCAUGUGAGAGGCAUGAUUUAUAAUCUAGAACUAACUUUCACCAACUCAGAGGCAAUGCAGCAGCUCACCUGUUUAAUAUGUUAAUAUAGCAGCAUAAGCGUGUCAGCCCUCUGUGGUAGCGGCACCACUAAAAAAAUGCGUUUAUAAUAACAAUAUUGCUAAUAGUUGGUUAAUAUUCAGGUCACAAGAUGCAAUUAAAGUAUUGUUGGCGGUUUUAUAUGUUUUUUUAGAGUUCACUCAGAAGCUGCAUGGUUAGCCACCUCGUACUUGCUGUAUUUUAUGACUUAGAAUGCAUUGAAAAAAAAAAAGUGUGUUCUUGUCUUAUAUAAGGAUUGUGAAUGAUGUGUUCAAUCCCCCCCCAAAAAAAACUGCAGUUCUCCUUUAAGAGUAUUCAACAGGUUCAAGGAAUGAGUGUAUUGGAGAUGUGUUGCAUCAGGCAUGCAGUGGGGAAGGGAUUUAUACGGCCCCAUUCGUGGGUGCAUCUCACGUGAGAGGAAGAGGGGAGUGUUAAUCACUUUGUAACGCAGUCUACUGAAAAAGGUGGAAAGCGGCACUCUACAUAGCAACUGAAUUGCCACAAAAUUUGAAGGUAUUCGACACUCUCUUGCCAUCUGACUGCUAAAGUGGAUUUGUCACGUUUCAUGUGUCAGGUAAACCUUGGAGAAUGGGGCCAUAUGAAUCCCGUGCCAUGUUUUGUUUUUUUUCGGGUUCCGGCGCUGCUUUAAUUUUAUGUACGAUUUCCUACAAAAAUUCUCGCGGGAUUGCGAGCGUAGUUUGUGAUCUGCUUGCGUUCCUGUGACAGCAACGAGCUGCAGAACAACGCACGCCGUCAAAGAGCCGCGACGCGUCGGCCUGCUAACAACCAAAGCGGAAAAAACACGCCGCCCAAGCUCGCCAAACAAGCAUUUAGCUUUGAGAACCGACACGUGCUGGUAUUAUGUCUGCUUACGGAGGGGGAUGAAACCUCAGUCAACAGAAGGACUCGUUUAAUAAUCGCACCAAAUAAAACGGAUGUUAUGUCUUUAACGAAAAAAAAGGGUUCUCCCACUUGUUCCCAAAAAUAAUAACAAAAGGCUUCGUGAAAGCUUCUACCUCUGCACAACACGUUCCGAACAAUUACGACAGAUCCGACGUUUACAUUCCUGGCGUCAAGAUGCGAAGGAUUUGCAUCGUAAUCCGACAUUUGUAGAGUGAUGAUGUAUACAGUAGAUUACCUGUGAGGGAAUAUUGUGUUUUAAACAUGCAUGUCAGAAAAAAAAAGGAAAAAAAAAAAACAUUUGGUGGAGAGAGGAAGCGAAAUAGAACGGAGGGAGAUGACGGCCUUGCUAAAGUGCUAACAGUGCGUAGGAGUGCAUUACCUCAGAGUUUGGGGAGGGUCAGCCGCAGAAUGCAUAUUACCUGUAGAUUUGCAUGGGUUUUGUAUAAAUGAAGUCAGAAAAAAAAAAAGUCUAAAAUAGUUUGCUUGCACAUAAUACCAGAAAGACCUCCAGAAAACUUGCUCCUCCCCUAGAUUUUAGGAUCUGUCUGGUUUUUCUGGGGUUCAUUUUGUCUGUAAUUUUGAUAACUGUGCAUACUUAUGUAAAGAAGAAGAAAAAAAAACAAACCCCGAUGUCGGUGGACCCAUACACUUACCAGACUUUUUACUAAAGACCAGGAGGAGGAAAAUUAAAUUCUGUGUUUCUUUUACCUGAAUUUGUACCGUUUCACUCUCAUGGCUCGCUAAGACUAGCAAACCUGCUUUUUUCUUGCAUCGGCUUUGCGUAGCUGUAAGGCUUUAACCUAACGUGUGUAUUUAUUGCUUGUACCUCUGUGCAUACUUUAUGAAGCAUUAUGUCCGCCAUGUACCCUCCGAUAAUCGGGAUUGCCUAUGAUCCGCCUGUGUAUACAGUAAAAUCGGGACUGUAGCCAACAUAUGUUUGUCAUUGGUGAGAAAAAAAAAACAUUUUCUUUCUGGGAUUCUGCUACUUUUUUGAUACUUUUCAUGACUGUGUACUGUGUCCAUAUAAAAAGGUUCUCUGACGUUAGAAGGUCAUGGUUGAGCAUUGUAACGUCAUUAUUUUCUGUAUUUCAUGGCAUUUCACUGCUGAAUAAAAUAAAGGACCAAAAGUUGGAAUUUAAAAA